AUGGAGGCUCAGGACGAAGCUGAACUCUGUUUCCCACAACUCCUCAACAGUUCCUGCAGGAUGCCGAAGCUCCACUGGUCGGAGGCGAUUCUCGGGAGCGUCGCCAUGUCCUUCGUCUCUCUGCUCACCGCGGUGCUCAACCUGCUCGUCAUCAUCGCAGUCUCCCACUUCAGGCAGCUCCACACCCCCACUAACAUCCUCCUCCUCUCUCUGGCUGUGUCCGAUUUCCUCGUCGGCCUGCUGCUGAUGCCAGGAAAACUCUUUAGAAAAAACACCUGUUGGAUGUUAGGGGAUGUUUUAUGCUCGCUUUAUAUUUAUGUGAUUGCUCUGAUUAUCUCCGUUUCUAUCGGGAACAUCGUUCUCAUAUCGAUCGACCGCUACGUGGCCAUCUGUGAGCCGCUGCAGUAUCCCACCAGGAUGACUCUGACGCGGGUCAAGUGCUGUGUCGGCCUGUGCUGGCUCUGCGGAGCUUUCUACCGGCUGCUCUUUCUGAAGGAUGAACUGAUUCAGCCGGGCAGGAACAAGUCCUGCGUCGGAGAAUGUGCGUUUGUUACCAACUCUAUCGCAGGACUUUUUGAUCUUAUUCUGAACUUUAUUGCUCCGGUCACGGUCAUCGUAGUGCUGUACACGAGAGUGUUCGUGGUGGCCGUGUCUCAGGCCCGAGCCGUGCGCUCUCGCGUCACGGCCGUCACGCUGCAGCUUUCGGUGAACGUCGUAACGAAGAAAUCAGAGCUGAAAGCCGCCAGGACUCUCGGCGUGCUCAUCGUUGUUUACCUUUUCUGCUUCUGUCCCUAUUACUGUUACGCCCUCAUAGAAAGGAAUAUCACCAACACUUUUUUGAUCUUUUUGUUUUACUUUAACUCCUGCCUGAACCCUUUGCUUUAUGCCCUGUUUUAUCCCUGGUUUAGAAAAGCAAUCAGACAUAUUGUCACUUUGCAGAUUCUGCAGCAGGGCUCAAGUGAGACCAACAUACUGUAG